AUGUCUAUGCUCCCUAAAGUCAAUUCUGUCUGUAAAUCAGCCUUCUACCAUCUGCGUCACAUUUCCCGCAUAAGAAAAUUCCUAUCAUCAAAGACUACCGAGAUUCUCAUCCAUGCUUUUGUAUCCUCCAAGCUGGACUACUGUAAUUCUUUUUUGUAUAAUGUGCCCAUGUAUGUUUUGAAAAAGCUUCCAUCAGUACAGAAUGCUGCCGCCCGCCUGAUUACAUGCUCCCGCAAAUACGACCACAUCACUCCAAUUCUGUCCGAUCUACACUGGCUUCCUGUAAAUGAGCGUAUUAAAUUCAAAAUCCUGCCGCUUACUUUCAAGGCUCUACACCAAUAA